AAAAUAUUGCAAGUUAUUUGUUUCGCGAUGUAACCAAUCUGCUUACUUUGAUGAAGGUUACAGUGGCCCGCCCACAAAUUCCGUUCAUUAGUCAAAAGCCGUAGGUCUUAAGUUUAUAAUUAGCGAUGUCUUCCAUCGUUUAAAGUAAUGCGCGGAAAGUACCUCGUUUAUCCUUGUUCUGUCGUCACGUUGACUACUGAACCGUGUAACUGUAUUUCUCUACAACUGCCGGUGCAGCAUAUACUUUGGCUUGCCAACACAGCUAGUUCGACAUCCAGUUAAUCAUUUACGGUGACCUUUGAGCAGCACAACCCCAUAAUGCAGGAAUUGGGGUGGCGUCGAGGGAAGUUUGGGAUAUUGGUGUUCCUCUGUCAGGUUGCCUUUAUCAUCAUCUUUGGCUGCCUGGUUGACUACGGCUGGGAUGCUACGCCGGUGUCACGACGCCCGGCAAUGUUCCGGGAUGACCAUGCAGAACAGCAGCAGCGUAAUAAUCCCAAUAGCACGGGUCCGGCGGUGACCUCUGAUGUCCAUCUGGGCAGGGAAAAAUUCCUAGUCACCAAAACAUCUGUUGAGUCGUUUUAUGCCAUGUUUCAAGAUAUACACGUCAUGAUAUUUGUUGGAUUCGGGUUUUUAAUGACCUUUCUAAAGAAAUAUGGAUAUAGUGCCAUUGGCAUGAACUUCCUGAUGGCGGCCUUCGUUCUUCAGUGGUCAAGCAUUGUUCGCGGGUUUUACCGGCUACCUGAAAAUAACUGGCGCAUCCGCAUCGAUCUGGUUUCCCUAGUGUGCGCUGAUUUUACAGCCGGUACCGUGCUGAUCACGUUGGGUGUUGUGCUUGGGAAACUUAGCCCCAUCCAGUAUAUCGUCAUGCUCAUGUUCGAAACCGUCCUGAUUACUGUAAACGAAUGGAUUGGCUAUGAUAUGUUCUUCAUUAAGGAUGUGGGUGGCAGCAUCACCAUCCACCUCUUCGGCGGAUUUUUUGGUCUGGCCUUAGCCCGCACCAUCCACCGGAAACAGUACUCCGAUGCAGAAUUCAACAACCUCAAGGAAGGAAGCACCCUAAAUGACCUUUUCUCCCUGAUCGGAACCAUGUUUCUGUGGCUGUUCUGGCCGAGUUUUAAUGCGUGUACAGCCGUGGAAGACGGACGCUACCGAGCAAUUUACAACACAUAUUUCUCCAUUGCGGCCAGUGUUCUGGGCGCCUACAUGGUUUCCAGUUUCGUCAAGCAUGAGAAGUUUGCCCUGGAUAUCGUCCAAAAUGCUACAUUGGCCGGCGGAGUUGUGGUUGGCUCCGUAUGCGACAUGUACUUGUAUCCUUACGGCGCACUGAUCUGUGGUUUCUUUAUUGGUAUCAUUUCCGCCCUUGGCUUUAACUACCUAUCGCCAAUACUGGACAGGAAACUGGGCAUCCAUGACACUUGUGGAGUGAACAAUCUUCAUGUCAUUCCCAGCUUUGUCGGAGGCAUUUUGAGUGCUAUAGUGACUGCUUGUGCAUCUAAAGAACUCUAUGGUUCCGGGUAUUACACCCAGUUCCCGGCGCACGUUCCACCAGCGGAUAGUGCAGAGUACGCUGCUCUCCAUGCAGUGAAUCCUGAUCUGAAACCCGGUCUGGGAUGGACACCCAGUGUACAAGCCGGUUAUCAGCUGGCAGCUAUGGCCGUUACCAUUGGCAUUGCAAUUGGGGGAGGAAUUAUCACAGGCUUAGUGUUGCGGCUACCAAUCUGGAACACUCCAAACGCUAACGAAGUGUUUAAUGAUGGAAUCUACUGGGAAAUGCCUGCAAAAUUUUCCAAGGAAGAAGAAGCUGCUCUUCGAGAUCGCCUCGAUCGCCAGGAGAGGGGUCUGCCGGAAAAGGAACAUUACACGACUGCUGCUGCUCACGGCAUGACGCGUGUGGAUGUUGUAAAUGGCAAAAGACUAAGUGUGGUCGACAAACAUCACGAACACUUGGCCUAAAUUACAAAAAAUUACUUAAGUGUGUGAUAGUUUUCAGAGUUUUACCUUGUACAAUUAGGAUACGGCAAUAAGGGCAGCAGCAGCUUUUCCUUGUUAGUCCACGACCACGGAACGGAAAGACAGUAGCUCAGAUAAAGCAAAUGUUUACAAUCAUACUAAUUGUAAAGUAGAUAACAAGCACGUGGGUUUGCGGUCAUUUCAGAUAGCUCCUUCCCAAAGACUAGUUAUUUGUACUUCUCUAUAUACUGGCAUCCUAGCUCUUUUGUUGCAUUAGUUUACUAAUACAUAUUUCUGUGCAUGGCACUUGUCCACUGUCCAUCCGUAAUGGUCAAAACUAGAUAUCAAAAUCCUUUUGGGCUGA